ACGAAUCCUAUUCGUCUCCCACCCUUAUGUGUGCUGUCGGCUAUAGCAUAGUAGGCCGAAGACGAUUAGUUUAUUUAUCACGUUUCUGUAGCUGACGGAAGGCAUUUGUAGCAGUGCAUCUUUAUUGACCUCGGAUAACCAUUCUGGUAACGCUAACGCUUCGUAAGGUAGACAGAGACGUCGGUUAUUAUUUCCAGGCUAAUAAUAGCAUACUCUUAACAAUACACUGCAACUUCAGAAUGGGUGAGGUAAUGAAGAACUCCAACACGGAAGAUGUUACAGAAACGUUGGAUAACUGUGUCAAAUAUUACACACUGGAAGAAAUAACAGCGCACAAUACGAGCAAAGACACUUGGCUUAUCAUUCACGAUAAAGUCUACGACGUUUCAAGUUUCCUAGAGGAGCAUCCUGGAGGCGAGGAGGUGUUGCUAGAACAGGCCGGCGCCGAUGCAACGGAGAGCUUCGAGGAUGUGGGUCACUCUAUAGACGCGAGAGAGAUUCUUCUGCAGUACUUCAUUGGGGAGCUUCAUAUGGACGACAGGGGGAAAAAUAACUCGAAGGAGAUCUAUGUCAGUACUUCUGGAGAGUCAAGCUCAUGGACCACAUGGAUGAUUCCGGCUGCUGUUGCUCUUAUUGUGGGUCUUGUGUAUCGUUACUAUAUGCUGGAGCACAAGUCCUCUUGAUUUCAGGAAUUUAGCACCUUCUGUUCGUCUGGAGGCCACGGCAUGUUGGACCAAAACCUCCUUGUGUUGAAUGCACACAUUUAUGUCAAGUCUUUUGUACAGAGAAAGGGGAGGCAUCCUUACCGCUCCUGCUCUUCAGAAAACUCAAAAUGGACAGCUGAGGGAAGGCUUUUAAAUUGUAUGUCCAUGAAACUGUAUUUCCAUUAUGCCUUUUGGUUAGGCUCCAUAAACAUUACCAUUGUCAUGUGUUCGACAAAUUGCUAUAUGUAAAUGUCACGGUCACAUGCUUUUUUAUUUAAUUUUUUAAUACAUACUCUGCUUUAUGCAGAUGAUAAACAGCAGCUUAUUGAUGCAAAUGCAACAACAUGGAAUAACUGGUUUGAAUAGUUUAUUUUGCAAUCUUCUGUUCAGUCAGUGGCCACUAUUGGGAAAACCUGCUUGUUAAUGCAAUUAUCUAUUCCGCUAAUCAUGUGAAAGCAACUCAAUGCAUAAAAGCAUGCUUGUCAUAUUUUUUUGGAUUCAGUUGUUGGAGAUCCAUGAUACACAAGACAAAUGUGACGUGUUGGGUGGUUUGAUUAUCUUAAACUACUGAUCUGAUUCUCAGAUUUUCCUGCAUACGACUCUAGGGAAUGGAUAUAUUACUUUUGUGACUUGUCAGAGUUUUUAGACAUGAGUUCAGUGUACGCUAGUGCCUCUACAGUCUCCAGAUCUCAUUUCACUGGAGCACUAUAAGGAUGUAUUGGACCUGCUGAUUCACAGUGUGGCUGGCGAUGGAUCUCACCCAGAAAGGUGUACAUAUGGUUGUCAUUGAGCAUAUAUAUUAACAACUAAUGUUACUUUGUAAUUGAGUUAAUGAGUAAUCUAUUCUUCGAAAGCUUUGUUCUGGUGCUGGGAAAAUUUCCGUUGACAUUUAAUGCAUUAUGGUUCAGAAGUACACAACCAUUUUAUCAUUUGUGUAGUACAUCAGGUGUAUUGAUGUGUUUUUGGAGAUUUAAUAAUGUCAUUGAUAAUUUAAUAAUUUAUACCAUAACCUGCCUUCCGCAUAUGUAGACAUCUCUAAAUGUUAUGUAUCAAGGUAUUUAUUUGGUGAAUAAUUAAAUGCAUUUUUCUAUCA